CCGACAAUGCCUUGUCUUAAUCUAACUUUUAAAUCCCAUAUUCACAAAGAGAAAAAAAAUCUCUACUUGAUCUACUUGUGAAUCUCACUCUCAAGCUCUCUCUCUGUGUGUCCGGGAGUGAACCAACCAAGAUGGGCUCAGUUUCACUGAAGAUUGGAGAUGGAACAGCCAGAUUCAAGAGAGCUACUCUGUGUUCAUCGGCUGUUAACAUUCUCAUGCUCUUCUCUGUCAUAACCACAAAUCUCUUUGCCCUCUAUGCCUUUACAUAUGCCCCAAAACACCAUCAAAACCACCCACUUCUUCAAACCCAGAAGAACAUGUCUUUAAUCUCUGAACAUCUAGCUCUGAUCCUCAGAGAAAUCGAUUCUUCUCAAAGAAAGCUCGCCAAGAUUGAAAAAGAGAUUCUGGGUUAUGACUCAAUUGAUGUUUCCAGACCCAAUAUGGCAAGUGAGCUCAAGUUGUUUCUACAGCACCAUCAGCUCCCACUGGGGAAAGAUUCAAAAACUGGGAUCACAGAAAUGGUGGCUUCUGUGGGUCAUUCUUGUGAGAAAUCUGCGGACUUGCUAUCUCAGUACAUGACUUACAAGAUCUCUGGGCCUUGUCCUGAUGAUUGGAGCCUUGGUCAGAAGCUGAUUUUGCGGGGAUGUGAACCUUUGCCGAGAAGGAGAUGCCUGGGCAAGACCGUACCAAAGGUGGGUCUUUCUCCUUUUCCUAUUUCACUUUGGAAACCUGUUAGUGAAAAGGUUGCUACUUGGAGUGGUCUUGGUUGCAAGAAUUUUAAUUGUGUGAAUAGCAAGAAAUCUAGUAGGGAAUGCGCUGCUUGCUUUGAUUUGGUUAAUGGGUCUGAGACUCAGAGGUUUUUGAAGCCUAGAAGUAAGAAUGAUUUUGUUAUUGAUGAUGUCUUGUCCUUGGGAGGUGGAGGAAUCAGAAUUGGAUUUGAUAUUGGAGGUGGGUCUGGAACCUUUGCUGCUAGAAUGGCAGAGAGGAAUGUGACUGUGAUCACCAAUACUUUGAAUGUUGAUGCCCCAAUUAGUGAAUUUGUUGCUGCAAGAGGCCUUUUCCCUUUGUACUUGAGUUUAGAUCAUAGGUUUCCGUUCUAUGACAAUAUAUUCGAUUUGGUUCAUGCUGGGAGUGGAUUAGACGUUGGUGAGAAACCAGAAAAGAUGGAAUUCUUAAUGUUUGAUAUCGAUCGCGUUUUGAGGGCUGGUGGACUGUUUUGGCUGGAUAACUUCUACUGUGCCAAUGAUGAUAAGAAGAGGGCUUUGACUGUUUUGAUAGAGCGGUUUGGCUAUAAGAAGCUGAAAUGGGUUGUUGGGGAGAAGUUAGAAGUAAAUGGUUCUGGAAAAUCAGAAGUUUAUCUGUCAGCUGUACUACAGAAGCCAGUGAGGGUUUGAUGAUAUGGAGAUUUUACAUGAAACUCAAAGAGGUAAGAAUACAUUUCCCGUCAGUAGCUUUCUUCACACCGAAUUUUGUGUGACUUUGAAUUGAAUAUCCUUGUGCAAUUUGUUUAAAUGAAGAAUAAGUACCUCAAUUAUUUUAUAGUCAGAUAUGCAAAUGGACGGGAGGAUUAUAUCCGUUUUGUAACUUAAAAACUCUUGAUUAUUUGAAUCCUUUAGUUUA